AUUAUACCCGAUUGUCAUUUUUUUUUUCAAAAAUGCUUGACAUACUUUUAAUCUUUUGCAGUGAAUGUGAACUUAAAGUGAUAAUGGCCAGUCAGCAGCGCGGUCUGCGCUGGCGACUCAGAGAAGAAAUCUACACUUCCUGCGCUUUCUGUAUAGCAGUCUCUGCGUUACCCGCUCUGGCCUUAUCUUACAUUGUGGUUCGAAUAAGCAAUCACUUCUGGCUGAAAUUAUUAUCUAACAGAAAUCCUAGUUUGGAGUUCAUCAGGACAAACACGGUGCGAACACUUCUUGAUACGCAAAGAAACCAGGGAAUUAUUAAUGUACUGCUAUGCAUAAAAGGUGUGCUAAAUGUAGAUGAGGUAAAAGAAAAACUUAUACAGCAUGUAUUCGACCGUAGAGAUGCGUAUGGAGAAGUGAUGUUCCCCAGACUACGACAUGUACUGGUGUCGAGCUGGGGAAACUAUGCUUGGGAUGCCAAUACGCCAUUUCAACUAGAAAAUCAUUUCAUAGUAUCCAACGGUGUUUACCGUGGACGUCCAGUGUCUGAUAAUAAUAUUCAAGAUUAUGUCAGCGAAAUAAUAUCGAAAUAUUUUCUAAAUGACCAACCGCCCUGGCAGUAUUAUAUCAUUCCUUGCGUCUCUCUUGAACCAAAGUACUAUAUUUUAGUUCGAGUACACCAUCUAUUGCUGACUGGAAAAAAAUCCCUUAACAUAGGCGAUUUGUUACUAGUAAAACAGUUGCCCGCCGCUAGUCGAGUGAUCGAACAGGGAGAGUAUCAUCAACGCAGUCCGCUAUCACAGCUGUCCCCAGCGCCAUCGGCUAUACCCGAACUUUGGGAGAAAAUUAACGAAAAUUUAUCGAACAUUUGGAAUGAAUUCAUAAGUGAAUAUGACCCAACCGAAAGCCCGGAAUCGUUAAAACAUUUACCUGGUGUUUUUCACGUAGCAGGAAUAUUAUUAAUGUCCGCUACAAGCGCUUUAAGAGGAAUAACAAAAAAACGAUAUAUUGAUAGGGAUCACCACCUCACAUCGAUUACAGCACUUUUGUCUGCUCUGCACCAAGAAUGUAAAAAAAGAAACUUGACAGUCCCUAAGGUAUUGAUUUCGCCGUUAGUGACAAUAGAUCCACGAAAAUGGCCAAAACGUAUAUUCAAAGCCACAUAUACUACAACCAAAAUUAUUUUGAAACUACCGGCGUUCAUUCGGGAUGAAGUUAUAGCAAUAAAUGAAAUGCGCACUACAGGUCGAGUGAAGAAAGCAAAUACGUACACAUGGAAAUAUGGGAAAAUUGGCCAACUUUGUAUAAAAGCCACAGGUGAAGCUUGGAGGGCAAUAUCAGAGUUAUAUAAAGCUCCUGCUUACUUCUGGACUGAUACAAUUCUAUCAGAUAAUGGGAAACGACACAUAUUACAAACUGUUUCUUUGUGUGGAAGAAAGGUAACUUCGUGGUCACGGCCCGUACCUCGAGCCAGUGUUGAACGUGCAGCGCGGGCGUUGGGCGUUUCCUCCACAGAUAUUGCACUUUUUGCCGUAACAGAAACUUUACGUUCCUACUUUGAACAAACUCAGACGGAAAUUCCGGACUCGAUUCUCAUCACCGCUCGAGCUGCGUCUGAAGACUUUCUUUACACUUUUGCCGAAGGAGAUGGCAAGAAUUAUAAAAAGUCACAAACUGGAGGAAUGGUCUGCUUGUCACUGCCGGUCGGUGCCACUCCUCGGGGCAUAGCUGCUGUAGUUCAAAAAGCCUGCAAACGUCAGGGAACACUGGCCGCAGCGUGGGCCGCUCAGGCUCGUUGGGGUGCUCUCACCAGGUCUGUGCCUUCCCCUUUGGCAAGGCUCACUAUGAAUGUCCUUUCACGCAAAUACGCGGUAUCUUACGCAGAAAUCAACUCUCCAAUAGACACUAUGCAGAGGACCACGUUGUGGGGAAAAACUGUGGAUUAUGUCGUAUAUUGGCGACCGCCACAAGCUAAUAUAAGCAUGUCGCUUACAGUAAUUCAGUAUGCAGAUACUAUUCGUCUCACUGUGAUGGCAGACGCGCGUCUUUCACCUUCUCAUUCUAUUCCCGCAGCGCGUUGGCCAGUAAUCGUUGAUAAACUCGUCAGUAAAAUAGACCAGGAAAUCGCCAGGAUAACCGCCCAAGUUCAGUCACCCCUCGAAUAUAUAUCACCCAAAAAAUCUAGUAAGGAGAACUUAGAGUCUAGCUAUGAAGGCAAAUCACGCCGUGUAGAAGAAUCUAGCCACGUAGGUGAAUCCGGCUAUACAGGCGAAUCUAGCACCACGGGGGAAUCCAGCCAAGAAGAAAAAUCUAGCAAAGUUGAAGCAGCCCCCACUAACUAGAAAAUGCAAUGGAAGAAUGAAGAAAAUGGAAUAGAAUGAGCAAUUCAUAUUCUUUGUUUGAUACUCAGAAAUAGUGAUAGUUAUAAAGCCUUUCAGAGGUUUUCAUAUAUAUAGGAAAGUGUUUGUUAAUCAAAUAUUUUCCAUAUUCUUAUACGCUUAUAAUAAGACUUAUAAUUUAAUUAGUUUAGGGUCUUCGUGUGUGAUAAUUAUUAAUAUUAGACAUUUAAAAAUAAUAA